AUGGCUUCCUCUAAAGCUCUUCCUUUUGUGGCUAUGCUUCUUGUGGUGCUACCUAUGGUUGCUAUGGCAGAUGUUGACGGCAACUGGACUGCUUUCUAUGACAGGUUGUGUAAAGAAGUGGAUUGUGGAAAAGGAAAAUGCGUAGGAAACAAUUCGUACCCAUUGAGCUUCGAGUGCCAAUGUGAACCUGGAUGGAAGCAAACACAAUAUGAUGAUGAUGUUGAUGAUGAUCAUAGGUUCCUCCCUUGCGUGAUUCCAAACUGUACUCUUAACUAUGGCAGCUGCCAGCCAGCCCCACCACCAGUUCCAGAAAAAGAAGCUCCCAACAACAGCUCCUUCUUCGAUCGUACGCUUGGAUCUGAUUGUGCCGAUAUCAUUAAGGUCGCAAAGUCAACAUCAGGUGGAACUGGAACCGGAGCUGGAACCCCUGGAAAUCCUGGUGAGAUGUAUUUUCAAGUCCUAAAUUCUGGUGGAAGAACAUGUCAUUCUGAUCACCAUGCUGCCAGGAAAGUUCCAAUGGAUGAUUAUAUUGCUCAUCUCUAUGCUCGUAGCUCUGAAGUAAGACGGGAAAUUGACGGAGGAGGAUCCUGGCUAGCCAGCAUUUCAGUUUAG